AUGGGAACUCUAUCGCCGGCCGACGAGGCCCAACUCAAGGCCCAGCUCCAGGACGCCGUCAUCGGCUGCACGGAGCGCUGUCUCUAUCACUCGGCGAAAUGGGCCGCAGAAUUACUCGAUUCGCUCCCAUCGGCCGAUGAUGAAGGCUCGGACACCGACGUCGACUCCCCCAUGUCGGAUGCGCAACCGCCGCAGACACCCAAUCUCGUACGCAAAGACCCCAUCGAAGCACGCCUAGAAGCACGUGAGACGCACAAGUUCCUCCUCGCCAAGACAUACUUCGACUGCCGCGAGUAUGAUCGAUGCGCCGCCGUCUUCCUGCCUGGCCCUCUACCCAAGGGCGCCUCACAGGCACCUGCUACGCCUACAGCAAAGGCGAAGCAAGGCGCCAAGGGGAAGGCGAAGAUGGUCACGCCAUCCAAGUCCAAGCUGUCCAACGAUACAAUGAAGGGCAUCAGUCAGAAGGCGCUGUUCCUUGCCCUCUAUGCCAAAUACAUAGCUGGGGAGAAGCGCAUGAACGAGGAUAGCGAGAUGAUUCUCGGCCCUCAAGACGGAGGUGUCACAUUGAACAAGGAGCUGCCCACAGUAUCUGCCGUUCUUGAAGAGUGGUUCAGAGACCUGCCCAACAGCGGGCGCCAACCGCAAGGCUGGCUGGAGUACCUAUACGGCAUGGUCCUGGCCAAGGGAAAGAACGAGCAGCUUGCUAUCGACUACCUGAUCAAAAGUGUGCACCAAUACACCUACAACUGGGGUGCGUGGCAGGAGCUACAAGCUCUACUGACCACCAUGGAAGAGCUCAAUGGCAUCGUCACACGCCUACCGCAAAACCUCAUGACUUUCAUCUUCCAUGUUACGUCAUCUCAGGAGCUCUACGUGGUCAACGAACAGAUUCAUACUUCGCUGUCGCAAAUACUGACCAUUUUCCCGUCAUCGGCCUUCCUAAAGACCCAACGGGCAUUGCUCCACUACCACAACAAAGACUUCGACGAUGCCGAACAGAUCUUCUCGGACUUGCUCGUAUCAGAUCCACAUCGGGUCGAUCAUCUCGACAAUUACUCCAACAUCCUGUAUGUCAUGGGCAUGCGACCCAAGCUUGCCUUCUUGGCACAGCUCGCCACAGCGACCGACAAAUUCCGACCGGAGACAUGUUGCGUGGUGGGCAACUACUACUCGCUCAAGUCGGAGCAUGAGAAAGCCGUCAUGUAUUUCCGAAGAGCUCUGACUCUAGAUCGAACCUUCCUUUCCGCCUGGACGCUCAUGGGACACGAGUUCGUCGAGAUGAAGAACACCCACGCCGCUAUUGAAUCGUACCGGCGCGCUGUUGAUGUCAAUCGCAAAGACUACCGCGCCUGGUAUGGACUUGGUCAGACAUACGAAAUGCUGGAGAUGCACUCAUACGCUCUUUUCUAUCACCAACGCGCCGCUGCGCUGCGACCCUACGAUCCGAAGCUAUGGAUGGCGGUUGGCCAAUGUUUCGGCAAAGUGGGCAAGAUCAUGAAUGGCAUUCGAUCAUACAAACGCGCGUUGGUCGCAGGCUCAUAUUAUGAUGCUGGUGUCGGAGCCUCUUUUGGGAGCAGUGAAGUUACUGGUCUCGGUGGAGGUAUCCUCGAUCCAGAAGUACUCUACCAGAUCGCCCUGUUGUAUGAGAGGAUAAACAACAUGAACGAAUGCGCGGCAUACAUGGAGCUAGUGCUUGCACAAGAAGAAGGGCCAGACUACGAAGAAGUGGGCUCUGAAGCUGCCGGUGGUGUCGGCGUCACUGCAACGACAAGCAAAGCCCGGCUCUGGCUCGCUCGGUGGGAGUACAUGCGCGGCAUGUACCAACGGGCCAUGGAGCUAGCGAACGAGCUCUGCCAAGACGGCGUAGAAGUAGAAGAUGCGAAAGCACUAGUGAGAGACAUCAGAGCGCGCAUGGAGCGCGGCGGAGGAGACGCGGAAGAUUGA